GGCUCUAUGUGCCUCGCGUUUUUGCGUUUCGCACAUACUGCGUCCAGCUGUUUUAUUGUAUUUCCUUUCCUUCGUUCUUCAUUCUCCUUCACCUUCGUCUAUUCUCUGUUUUUCGCCAACCAUGAACUAUGGAGGACCUCGGGUUUGCCACCAUUGUAGGCAACCCGGUCAUUUCCUUAGGGAUUGCCCACUUCGGCAGGUCCCGAACGCCGCUGCUCUCUUAAGCGGCAAUGGAGGAGAUCAGGGAAGAGCGCCAGCACCACAGGACAAUGACGGAUUGCUCCCGGCUCAGAACGCUAUUGUGCCAUAUAGGCCGCCUACCGCGAAUGGAGGUCAAGGCGAAGGAGGUCGGUACAAUUAUCAAGGUGUGGGCCAAGCGCACGGUGGCCAACAGGGCCAAGGUUACGAGAACAAUCAAGGGUACGGCAACAAUUAUAGGACGGGGUACCAGCAGCGACCAAGAAACAACUGGUGGGGUGACAAUCCCGAGGAGGAGAGAGAUGAUCGAUUAGAACGAGUAUGGGGAUGGUACUCAAAAGAAAUGGAGACGAAGGACAAAGAAAGGCGUGCCAAGGAGGAGAAACAAAAAGAGGAAGAAGAGAAGAAGAAGAUCCAGGCUACGGAGGAAGAGCGAGCGAAGGCGAAACGGGAGCGGGAAGAGUUCGAGCAAUCCCUCGGCAAGAUGGUUCGUGACAAUAUGAAGGAUGUAUGCUCCGAAGUUAUCGGAAAGAAGGCUAGCACUAGCCAGGAUACCACUGCUGGACGAGAUGAUGUGGCUAGAGGAGAGGAAGCAAGACAGGAGGAUACCCGACGGAAGCAGCAAGAAGAUCGAUGGAGCGGGAGGAUUCGUAGCCAGAGCACAGCUCGAGAAACAAAGGCUUGAUGAAUUGGAGAAGUUAAGGAGAGAGAAAGACGAUCUGCUGCGCAUGGCGUCCGGGAAGGCCAGCAGAGAACU